AUGGCUGGUGCGAAUUUGCGCGAAGAGCAGUUGGAAGAACUGCGCGAGGCGUUUGCCUUAUUCGACCGCGACCACGAUGGCUUUAUUUCGAUGUCAGAGAUGAAAACGAUGAUGAAACAGUUCAGUCGAGCCUGUACGACAGAAGAGGCCAGGGAAAUAUUUGCUAAAAUCGAUACGAACAAUGAUGGUAGAAUUGAUUUUCGGGAAUUUGUCACCAUGAUGACACCCUUGGUGGAGGAGAGCAAAGACGAUGACCUGCACUUCAAAAUGGCGUUUGAGUUCUUUGACAAAAACAACGAUGGGGAAAUUACUACAAUGGAGCUUAAACAGGUCUUGCAUACCUUGCAUCUCAGACUCACGGAUGCAGAGAUUGAUGAGAUGAUUUUAGAGGCCGAUGCAAAUGGAAAUGGACAGGUUUCGUAUGACGAAUUUUUAAAAAUGAUGAAGAAGCAUACGUGA